AAUUACAGAUCACGUGGUAGAGAACUCUGGCUUGUCUGCUUGGCAGACAGAGUUGUGAUCAUCAGAGAUAACGUGGUUAAAAAUGGACUCAAGCAAUCCCAACAGAUUCUUUCCUUUGAGAUAGAACUACAGACAGCAGCACACUCUGGUAUGAAACUAGUGAAAAUGGCAUCUAGCAUAUUUCUACUCUUCUGGAUCAUUGCUGCCACACGUUUCCUGGCUUUAAAAGCCAAACAGAUGAGUGCAGGAAAUGAAGACAUUGGGAGAGAAUUAUGCAACAUUGUGAAACAGCACAGGAAGGAUCUUUCAAAAAACAAUUUCACUGCCAUACCUUCUGACCUCCCCAGAAAUACACAGUACUUGGACCUUUCUUAUAACAGGAUCUCUAGGAUCAACAGCGGAGAUUUGAUGACUCUGCCCUAUCUUUGUUUCUUGAACUUUGCACACAAUGGCCUGGAAUUCAUCUCACCCACAGCCUUCCAAAAUAAUUCAAGGAUACAAGUCCUCAACAUCUCCCACAACUCUCUGAAGUUCAUUCCAGAACUGCCUUCAUUCCAGGGCAGGAUUCUUGACAUAUCGCACAACAUCUAUGGAAACUACACCCUUACAGACACAUUUAGAAACCUCUGGCACCUUCAGUCUCUCAGUCUUGGAAGUCCAUAUGCAAGAUCAAUACAUGUUAAUGACUUUGCUGCUUUGCAAGACAUACACUUAAAGCAACUGAGUUUGGGUGCUGGUUUGGGGUUACAAAACUACGAACAUGGUUCUUUUGCUCAGCUCAAGUCCCUACAGGAGCUAACACUCAAAAUGUCAUUUUGUAAUGAGUAUUUGAUGUUCCACAAUGUUCUGAAGGAUGUGGGCAAGGCAGAAAUUGAAAGUUUAAAGUUAGUCAAGUUUUUUCCCCAUACCUGCAAGAGCAAUAAAACUGAUCCUUUUGAAGUACUGAACAGUACAACAUCCUUGAGUAAUAUCACUUUUGAGGACACCUGGAUCAGCAGUUCACUUAUGAAUAACAUUGUACUGAACACUUUUAAGGCUUCAAUUCAAGCUCUUGCAUUUCUCAACAUUACAUAUUAUGAAGACACAGUUAAUGGCGUUCAGUUUAAAGGUAUUCCAGGAUACAAUCAAACAGCCAGAAUCAGAGUUGUAAUAUUUGAUAAUGUUCUCCACUAUCAGUAUAGAUAUCCACAAAUUAACAUUAAUGUAAGUUACUUUUACCAAAUUGUUUAUCUGAAAUUUUCUGGAACUGGCAUGAAUAUUUCACCUUGCAACUUAAUCUCUGCUUUACCAUCACUGGAAAUUUUAGAUUUAUCAAACAACCUUUUAAAUGAUGAUGGCUUUUGGUGGCCUGGGUGUUCUUACAUUAAUGUUUUCCCAGCUUUGAAACAUCUUUCUUUAAGCAAUAACAGAUUUGUGAACAUAGCCUUUAUCUCUGAUAGAACACAGCAGAUUAAGACUCUAGAAUCUCUGGAUCUCAGUUUCAACUCUAUUAAGCUUAAAGAUAAAUGUUCUUGGCCUUCCCACCUCAUUGAACUAAAUCUCAGUAACAAUGAUCUGGGAAACUCUGUUUUUAAAUACCUUUCCUCUCACUUCAAACGUCUCAAUCUUUGUAAGACAGGCAUUACAGUCUUAUCACAGGAUACACUUUCCAUGAUGCCCAACUUAACACACCUGUUCUUGAGCUCUAACAAUAUAAGAAUACUGCCAGCUGAUCUAUUGGCUCCUAGUCUGAAAGUGUUAUAUAUGGACCACAAUGAUAUAAAUGUUGUCGACCAAAUGUUCUUUAAAAGGUUACAGAGUUUGAAGUCACUAAAUUUAGGCAACAACCCAUUAAGCUGCAGCUGUGAUUCAUAUUGGUUUGUAACUGCAUUAAAUAAAACCCUGCUAGUUGAUUGGCCACAGGAGUACACUUGUAGCACCCCACCUUCCUUAGAUGGAAUGCUCCUAGAAGACUAUCAACCGGACAGACUGGCUUGUGAAUCAUGGCUUCAGGCUACCACAGCAAUACCUGUCACCGCUGUCAGUGUUGUGGUGAUCAGCUUGGUUUUUUAUUUUUGUGAGGGACCCUGGUAUCUCAAAAUGUUGUGGGUAUGGAUAAGAGUGAAAAGGAGAAACUACCAGGCAGCAAAAACACUGGGGAAUGCUUCUUUCCACUACCAUGCUUUCAUCUCCUACAGUCAAAAUGAUAGUAGUUGGGUGGGCAGCCAACUAGUGCCGAACCUGGAGAAUGAGGGUUUCUGCCUUUGUAUUCAUGAGAGGGAUUUUGUGCCAGGGAACUGGAUUAUAGACAAUAUUAUUAACUGUGUGGAGUGCAGCUACAAAACACUCUUUGUGCUCUCUCAGAACUUCAUCCAGAGUGAGUGGUGUAACUAUGAGCUCUUCUUUGCCCAGCACCGAGCUCUUACCAUCCAUCAGGACUCCUUGGUCUUUAUUCUGCUGGAGCCCAUUCCUGCUGACUCGCUCCCUAGGAGAUUCCUGAAACUGAGAACCCUGCUCAGGCAGCAGACUUACCUGGAGUGGCCAAAGGAGGAGAAAAAACGUCAGUUCUUCUGGACGAACUUGAAGGCAAUGCUGAAAACAGCUAAUAAGCACAUGGUCAUGAAGGAUGUGGCGAAGGACAUUGUAGACUCCUGUCCUCUCUUGAAGUGCGCUGAAUAACUGACUCAUUGGCUGUCUAUCCGACAAAAAUAUUUAACAGACGUGUGAUAAAAUCCAUUUUUGUCUUUCUUUCUCAGAAACCCAUACUAGUAUCAUUCCAUCAAUGAUUGAAAUUGUAUAAAGGAUCGGGGACUGAACAGUGAACUAAAUAACUCCAGAUAUGCUGGACAUUAGUUUUUUCAUUGUUUUGUAUUGAUCCGACUGCUUCUUAAAUUGAGAAAUCACCAUUGUUUUUGUUUUAUCCCCACUCAACUUCUACUGUACCGCAUGGAAAAUGAGGAAAUGCAUAUGGGCUCUUUCAAGGAGGAGGUGCAUCACUCACUGACAUCAACAUGAACUUCCCAACAUUGGGAAGUCCCAUUGCUUUUUCACUAGGAAAAGACCCCAGGAUAACUAAUCCCACCCUCCCUGGGUAGUGAUUAGCAAUUAUGUGUUGCCAUUUGGGAAACCUUGGAUAUAGUCAGCUCAGACUUUUGAAUCCUGAAUAUUUGGACUCAGCCUGCUCUAGGUCCUUUCAGGAAACUCUUUUUGCACCCAUUUAAAUCCAUUUAGAAUAUCUUUAGAUUGCCAUUACAGUACUGGGUAAAGUAUGAAAUGAUCAUGUUGCUUAAUUUUGUAUUAUUUGCUGUCACUUAAGUUGUGUAUUCUAUUAAUCGCAUCAACCUAAAGUUUUAUUUGUUAUUUUGAGGAGGCAAUUUUGGUAUGUAUACAGUUUUCGUAUUAAAAAAAAAAGUUGAAUUGUUCAUAAAUCAUGUCUAUUUUUAAAAUAAAAUAAUGUUACAAUUAAGGGUUUAAGAAACUAGAGAGUUAGAGAAAUAACUGGGUGGGAUAAUCAAUACUUAAAA